AGGGUGUGAGGUUAGAGUGUAGGGUGGCAGGAAAAAUGCUGAAAGUUUGCCUAGGUCAAUUCUUCCACUGCAUAACAAAAGCUUCGUGAUUCGGGUUAUGGUUUAUCGACCCGAUCCGGAAAGCAAAUUCAAAUCCGGAUCCUUCACAUCCGUACCGCAUCAUCAGUAGUCGGAGUUCUUGAAGCAAUCUUGACGCAGAGACCUUUGUCACUUCCAAUUGACGAGUUUCAGUACCUAUUGCAUAAUGCGCAAUCUAGCAGCUCAGCUCUCUAACUAUUUAUGUAGAACAAGAGUUGUAAUCAAUCAACAAUCUCGUAAAUUUUCAUCUUCUAGUAGCAAAGAAGAACUAGCCUUGGAGCAUGAAGUUGAGAGAAAAUUUGGGUGGUUAUUGAAAAGUCUAUUUUUCGGCACUGCAAUUUAUGCGGGAUACCAGUUCUUUCCUUAUAUGGGGGAAAAUUUGAUGCAACAGUCGGUAUCUCUCUUGCGUGUCAAGGAUCCCUUGUUCAAAAGGAUGGGAGCUUCUAGAUUAGCCCGUUUUGCAAAAGAUGAUGAAAGCAGGAUGAAGAUAGUUGAGUUGGGUGGAGACAAAGAGCUCAUAAAUAUGUUAAGCACGGCUAAAGACGACCGUACACGGAAAGCAGCACUGAAUGCUCUGGCUGAGCUGUCACAAUCAGAUGAAGUUCUUGCAUCCCUGCAUCGUGCUGGGGCCAUUCCAAUUAUUAGGUCUGCUCCAAGUUCACUUGAGGAUGCAGAUGUUGAGAAAUUCAAGUCGAGCUUGAUCAAAAGGUUCCAAGAUCUCAAGUAUGAUAUGUCUUCAUGAGUUUUACUAUAGGUUCUUGUGUUUUUUCCUUCAUAAGCUGUCCCCAUGAAAGCAUUUUUAAGGUACACUAGAAAUUGCUGUGUAUUUUCCGACUAAAUUUAAUAGAAGAUUAGAAAUUAUUACUCAAUUUCUCAUAUGUCUGGUCACUGUUUAUUUAUAUGUACUACUAUGUAAUUUUAUAUCUAUUAAACUAAACGAAAGAAAGUACUUUUUUGUU